UCCUGAGGCUAGAUUCGGCAAAAGCGUUGGUAUUGAAUAUAACAGAGAAACUACACAAGUUUGGUGGAAAAGCGUAUCCAGGAGCAAAACAGAGAAACAAACUUACUUUCGCUUUGACUCACUCACACACUCUCUCUCUCUCUCUCUCUCUCUCUCUCUGUGCGUUGAUGUCAAAUCAUCCAUUGAAGCUCUACUCCUACUGGAGGAGUUCAUGCUCUUACCGAGUUCGAAUCGCCCUCAAUCUCAAAGGACUUGACUAUGAGUAUAUACCAAUCAACCUUGUAAAAGGCGAACAAUUCAGUCCAGAGUUUAGGAAGUUGAAUCCUAUUGGUUAUGUGCCGGUGCUGGUGGAUGGGGACGUAGUAAUUUCCGACUCUUUUGCUAUAUUACUGUAUUUGGAUGAGAAGUACCCUCAACGUCCUUUGCUGCCUACUGAUAUUCGUAAAAAAGCCAUUAAUUACCAGGCUGCAAAUAUUGUUUCCUCAAGCAUACAACCUCUUCAAAAUUUAGCAAUACUGAAGUACAUUGAAGAAAAAGUUAGUCCAGAUGAGAAACUUCCUUGGGUCCAAUGUCAUAUUGGCAAGGGCUUUGAAUCACUUGAAAUGCUGCUCAAAGACUAUGCUGGAAAAUAUGCAACUGGGGAUGACAUUUUUCUGGCCGACUUAUUCCUAGCACCCCAGAUUUUUUCAGCUCAAAGGUUCAAUGUUGACAUGAAUCAGUUCCCUCUUUUGUCCAGGUUGGAUGAGGCUUACAGUCAGCUACCAGCAUUCCAAGAUGCUAUGCCAGAAAAGCAGCCUGAUGCUCCUUCGUCAGGCACAAGUUAAACAAAUGGGUUGAGCAGGUACAUCGAAACAUGCAGAGAACUACUACUCUGUAUUAGACCAAAAUAAAAUGCAGAAUAAUACAUUUCAAAGCAAAAUCUCUCUUCCAGUUUUCAUAAUUGUGUCUAGUACCAUUGAAGUUCAGAUGCAUUAUUCGUGGAGCUUUUAUGUUGAUUGGUGUAAGAUAUCUGAUAGAAGACAUUACUACUGUUCUGAUAAUUAUCAGAUCUCCACUUACAGUCUCAAGCAGCAGUGCCUCUUCUGAUGUUUGAGGUGAAGCAUCUAGAAGUGUACUUUGUAAUAAAAAAUCACCCUACUUAAGAAACUGGAGGAGAAUAAUGUUUAAAGUAACUACAUGUUAAAACAUGUGAAACGAGUGGUUAGGUGUUCUUGUAUAAUACAUUACUGGUGUUUUAAAUAUUUUGUUGGAAAUAAUGGAAAAUUCUAAUUUUCAUCAUCA